CCCUUAUCUCUAUUAAUAACAUCGAUUUACACAACAACAGUUUCAGCAUUCCGUGUACUUCGCUUCCCCUUAAUUCCCAACCUUACAUUAUUAACUUCACCAACUCAUCUCCCUCUACCAAACAAAACGACACAACAAAACCCUCUCUCUAAAACCCUCUCUCUGUCUCCCUUCCUUCUCAUCUUCACCACCACCAAUGGCGUCGCCGCCGCCACCACCUUCUCUCCUCCUCCUCUUCCUCACCCUCGUCGCCGCCACGGCUUCCUCCCUCACCUGCACCACCCAAAAGCUCACGGACUCCAAGAACAACCUCUACUCCAACUGCCUGGACCUGCCCGCGCUCGAUUCCUUCCUCCACUGGACUCACGACCCCACCAACGCCUCCCUCUCGGUGGCCUUCGCGGCGGCGCCGCCCAACUCCGGCGGCUGGGUGUCCUGGGGGAUCAACCCCACCGCUAUCGGCAUGCAGGGGGCGCAGGUGCUGGCCGCGUACAAAGCCGACAACGGCGCCGUCACCGUGAAAACCCUCGACCUUAAAUCCUACACCGCCAUUGUUCCGGGGAAGCUGUCGUUCGACGUGUGGGACGUGAGGGGGGAGGAGGUUAGGGGUGUGAUUAGGAUUUUCGCGACGGUUAAGGUUCCGGAGAAGGUGGAGAGUGUGAACCACGUGUGGCAGGUGGGGCCCUCUGUCACGGCGGGGAGGAUUGACAGGCAUGACUUUGGUCCCUCCAAUAUGAAUUCGAAGGGCGUUCUUAGCUUCAACGGGGCGCAAGUUGGUGGUGGUGCCGUCGACCCCAUUACCAUUAAGAAAAAUAUUCAUGGAAUUCUAAAUGCUGUGAGUUGGGGCGUUCUGUUUCCCCUUGGAGUGAUCAUAGCAAGGUAUAUGAGAACUUUCCCAUCUGCAGAUCCAGCUUGGUUCUAUCUUCAUGUUGGUUGCCAGGUAUCUGCUUACGCCAUUGGGGUUGCUGGCUGGGGAACUGGCAUGAAACUUGGAAGCGAAUCAGUGGGGAUUCAAUAUAGAAGUCAUCGCUAUAUUGGAAUUGCCCUCUUUUGUUUUGCAACACUACAGAUUUUUGCAUUGUUCCUGAGGCCAGUGAAGGAUCACAAGUAUAGGUACAUCUGGAACAUAUAUCACCACAGCGUCGGAUACAGCAUAGUUAUCCUGGGAAUCAUCAACAUCUUCAGGGGCUUUAGCAUCUUGCAUCCUGAUCAGAAAUGGAAAUCAACUUACACUGCAGUUCUUAUUGCACUUGGUGCAGUUGCCUUGUUCUUGGAAGUGAUCACAUGGAUUGUUGUGUUGAAGAGAAAGUCUUACAAGUCCACCAAAACCUAUGAUGGAUACAACAAUGGACAAUCUAGGGAAGAGCCCCUUAACAUAUAAAAAUAGAGUGAACAAAUUUGGCUUGGAUGUGUUUUACUUCUUCCCCUCCCUCUUUCCCGUCCCCUUCUUUUACCUUUUUUUCUUCUAUUUAUGACAUAUCUUUGUAUAAUGCUUGCGUAUAUAAUAUAGAUUUUUCAUUCUGUCUUUAAAUAGGUUGAAGAAAACUUUUACCAUUGAAAACUUAUUCACAAGAGGAUUGAAUUAUGUUCUC